AUCGAAGAAUUACUUUUCCAGAGUAUGACUACAACCGAUUUAAAUUCGCGUCCUCCUUGCCUAACUGAUGUGUGGAUCCCAGAAAUACUCUCCCUUUGGUAGGCAUUAUCUGGAUCAAAUCUGUGCCAGCCAACGUCAGAAUCUGGAUAGCGCCGUUUUCUCAGUUCUGUUGUGCGAGGGAAUGAGGACAGAGUUGUGGAAGGCAAGCGACAAAACACUAGUCGUCCGAAAUGCCUUUCUUUAAAUGGUUACGGUUUAAUUCGUAUAACUGAAGGAAGUUAUGUAGUUUAGAAAGACCCAAGGAAAAGCCGGGUCGGAUUUAUUGAGUAGUUCGUUGUCUGAAUCGUGGGGAUCGGAGUGGAUUUAGCAAUACUGCUGACUGACCUUUUGUUAGCUUCCAAGGUAUUGCCACUUAAGAAACCCAGCUGGAAUCUAGGUCAUUAGAUAAAGCUAACAAGAAAGAAAGAAAGAAAGAAAGAAAGAAAGAAAGAAAGAAAGAAAGAAAGAAAGAAAGAAAGACUUCAUUUGUCCACUAACAAACAUGUGAGGUCGUAGAUGAAGACUUUUUAUGUAAGCAAAUCGGGCUAUUAAUAACCGGAGCUACUUUCGUUUUCAUCAACCGUUUCAGAGCUGAGAACUGAGGCAGGGUAUAAAGAGACGUCUUUGAUCUAAGGAGUGCAUUUGUUUGCAGAAACGGGUAGAAGCGGUUUCUUCUGCCCCUCUGCUCUCUGUGCACGAUUUUGAAUGAAGCUUGAAGAAAGGACGCCUGAAUCAGUGAUUCCGCAGCCGCUUACUCCGAAGCAGCCCCGUUUACUUCCCUGUGAAAUCCACGAGGCUACGCUGGAAUAAGUGGUUGGAAGACUGAGGGUAAUUCUGUACAGUCAGCCCAGCUAUCCCUGGUUUAAAUGCUUCCGGAUUCUAACCUUGGUGCGCCUGCCGGUCUGUGUGAUCAAAGGAAGAGAGGAGGAAGCUUGCGAAGCAGAGGAAGAGGCAAGCUGGGAACAUCCUGCGGGUGGUUCUCCCGACCUCUCGGUUUUCUCUCCCGCUUCAUGGGAGACGCUUCUUGAAGCAACCCUUCCAGCACUUUCCCUUGUCCAUAGACACUUUCCGACACCCCAACUCGUCCCUCGACUUUAUAUGCAUUUUAAGCGAGUUGUUGGCGGCUUCUAGUUUUCCUGUCCCUCUGAUCCCCCCCUCCUUCCCCUCCUCCUUUUUGCACGGGGUAGAGGAUUUUUUUUAAAAAGCCACCCGCCACCGCUUCGUGAUCGUGAGAACAGCAUGGAAGUAAGCACGGAUCAGCCUCGGUGGGUCAGCCACCAUCACCCGGCCGUUCUCAAUGGACAGCACCCGGACUCCCAUCACCCAGGACUGGGCCAUUCCUACAUGGACCCCACGCAGUAUCCUCUGACCGAGGAAGUGGAUGUACUUUUUAACAUCGACGGGCAAGGCAACCACGUCCCUCCGUAUUACAGCAACUCCGUGCGGGCUACGGUGCAGCGGUAUCCCCCGGCCCAUCACGCAGGUGGCCAGGUGUGCCGUCCGCCAUUGCUGCAUGGUUCUCUCCCUUGGCUGGAUGGGAGCAAGGCUCUGGGAAGCCACCACAGCGCCUCCCCGUGGAACCUGAGCCCCUUCUCCAAGACCCCCAUCCACCAUGGCUCACCUGGACCUCUCUCCGUCUACCCUCCGGCAUCCUCCUCCACUUUGUCCGCGGGCCACUCUAGCCCACACCUAUUCACCUUUCCGCCGACCCCUCCUAAAGAUGUUUCCCCGGACCCCUCCAUCUCCACCCCAGGCUCCACUGGAUCCAGCCGGCAAGAGGAGAAGGAGUGUAUUAAGUACCAGGUGUCUUUGCCCGACACGAUGAAGCUGGAGUCCUCUCAUUCCCGGAGCAGCAUGGCCUCGUUAGGAGGGGCCCCUUCUUCUGCUCACCAUCCCAUCAGCACCUACCCUUCCUAUGUCCCUGAAUACGGCUCUGGACUUUUCCCUCCUAGCAGCCUGCUAGGGGGGUCGCCUACUGGCUUUGGGUGCAAAUCCAGACCAAAAGCACGUUCCAGCACAGAAGGCAGGGAGUGUGUAAACUGUGGCGCUACCUCGACCCCACUAUGGAGGAGAGAUGGCACUGGGCACUAUCUCUGUAACGCCUGUGGACUGUAUCAUAAAAUGAAUGGGCAGAACCGGCCCCUGAUAAAGCCCAAGAGAAGGCUGUCUGCUGCAAGGAGGGCAGGAACAUCGUGCGCAAACUGCCAGACCACCACCACCACUCUGUGGAGGAGGAACGCCAAUGGUGAUCCCGUGUGCAAUGCCUGUGGGCUGUAUUACAAGCUCCACAAUAUUAACAGACCCCUGACUAUGAAGAAGGAAGGCAUCCAGACCCGAAACCGAAAAAUGUCUAGCAAGUCGAAAAAGUGCAAAAAAGUCCACGACAGCUUGGAAGACUUCCCCAAGAGCAGCUCCUUCAACCCUGCUGCCCUCUCGAGACACAUGUCUUCCAUCAGCCACAUUUCGCCGUUCAGCCAUUCGGGUCACAUGCUCACCACGCCAACUCCAAUGCACCCGCCUUCCAGCCUGUCCUUUGGACCUCAUCACCCGUCCAGUAUGGUCACUGCCAUGGGCUAGAGCGUGUAGGAGAGAGAGAGAGACUUCCCUGCUGAAUGCUUUUAAGUUCUCAAAAUGAGAGGUACAUUAUAUACUUGCAUUGUUGCAGGCGAGCGCUUUUACCCAUGCAAAGCCCUGGGACACAAAUGGAAAGAAAACGAAAUUAAAGCUGGUUGAAGGCACAUAAGUAAACAAAAAUAACACAGAAGGGUGACUGUUGGCUGCUUCCUAAGGUGUCUCUGUGUUCUCAACCACCAAAUUGGGAUCCCAUUUGUGAAUAAGCCAUUCUGACAUGAGUUUGCUCUUGAACUGGGUUUUUAGUUCUAUGAAGAAGAGAAAACAAGAUGAUUCCCCAUCCCAGUCCCCCCAAAGACAAGCAGAUUGAUGCUGAACACUGUAUAACUUAUAUUGUAAGAAAUACUGUACAUUUUUGAAGAUGACUGACAUCUGGUUAGCUGUCAAGAUAUGGCUUGGUCAAAUCACUGCUCAUGAAUACCGGGAAGAAUGUUUCAUGGUACAGACCAAGAAGAACUAGGUUGAACCGGCAAAUGGACAAACUGCCAGUUGUGUUUUUGCUGUCUUUCUCUCUCUCUCUCUCUCUCUCUCUCUCUUUCUCUUUCCUCACUCACUGGCUCCAGUUGUUUUGAUGCAUUAAAAAAAAUAAAUUAAUCCAAGUUGUAGGCAAAUCAUCCAUUCCAGGCUAUGGGCCUCUGAACAAUAGGGAAUCUCAAUGGUUUCAGGGCAAUCGGUAUAAUAUUCACUCUGUUGCCGAGACUCGUUUUCGAGGCCUAUAUGCAUUGUGAACAAGUUCCUGUAAUUGUUGUUUGUAUGUAUAAUUCAAAGCACCGAAAUAAGACAAGAUGUAGAUUUAUUUCAUCCUAUGAUACAGACUGAAUGGUUGUACAAAUUUUACUUACUGCUAGUGUUAAGAACUGCGCUUUUUGGUUUUGUUUUCAUAUUUUUUCCUCUUUUUUUUUUUUUUUGGAGAAUAAACUAGAUUAAAUUCUGUUGA